GGAAUUCACGAAGUGUCCACGACCUCUUCGUAAACUCGAAUAGAUAUUUUCACUGUUUUCCAGACUUGUUUUAAGUCAGCGGGACACUUGCAGGAAACUACCACAUACUUGCCUCGCCCAUCGCGACUUAAAGGGGAGACUUAAAUUCUCACGGAUUGGGAAAUCGUUGGAGAAAGCGCCUCUCUCGAAAACGCCAUCAAAAACGCAAGAAACCAAAAGGAUCCGGUUGAGAAUUAGGGAUACCUUUCUUUUUUCUUUUUUCUUUCUUUUUUUUUUUCAUUUUCAAUUCCCCAUGGCAGCAUUCGACAAAUGCAAGACGCGCCCCGCGCACAUCGACGCCAUCCUGAAUGGAUUGGAUAGAUACAACCCAGAGACAACAGCUGUGUUUCAAGACUAUGUUGUGCAGCAGUGUGAAGAUCGAACAUUUGACUGCUACGCGAAUCUGGCAUUGUUGAAACUCUACCAAUUCAAUCCGCCCCUCCUCAACGCCGAAACAGUCACCAAUAUCCUCGCCAAAGCCCUCACCGUCUUCCCCUCUCCUGCCUUCUCCCUCUCCCUUGCCCUCCUCCCCGCCUAUACCCAACCCUACGCUACCUCCUCCACACAAGCCACCACCGCCAACCUUCCAAUGCAAACCGCCGACUUCGUCGAGGCUGUGCAAAAACUCACCCACCUCUCAACGCUCCUCGAAUCUGCGCAAUACACCGCCUUUUGGUCCACCCUCAACUCCGACGACCUCUACGCUGAUCUCACUGCCGACGUUGCCGGUUUCGAGGAAUUGAUCCGCAUCCGGAUCGCAGUGGAGGUUGGCAAGGCGUUCCGCGAGAUUGGCGCGGAUGUAUUGAUGGGAUGGUUGGAUAUGCGCGGCAUGGAAACGCUGGAGAAAUUUGUGGUUGACGUUUGUGGAUGGGAGGUUGACAAGAGUAAGGCGGAGGGUGAGAAUGGGGUUAUUGUUAGAGUUCCCCGGAAUAAGGAGAAUGAGGCCCGGGGAGAGGUAAAGGGGGAGAAGGUCGGUAUCGAGAUGUUUGGAAGAGUGGUGAGAAGGGGAUUUGAGCAGCCGGCUUGAUUUUAGGGGGUGGUCUCUUGCCUUUUUUUUUUUUUUUUUUUUGUUUUCUUCCCGGCUGGUUCAUUGUUAAAGCCUAAGGUUUUCUCAAUUGGGUUUUUCAUGCCUGCCUUGAUGAAAUGAGAGGGCGGUAGACAAAAGCUGGUUAUGUUUCCUAAUGAUUUGCUUCGUUACAGGAGGGUUCAUUUCUUCGGGUGUGUGCCCUGGUCUGGGUUGUAUCAGAUGCAGCACAUAUAAAUGAAGUGCAUCUGGUAUCAAAAUUCAGAGCCAAAAAAAAUUCUAUUUGAUUUUGUCAUUCCAA